AUGUCGGUGUCGGUGGCCGCGGGCAACCUGCCCAUGCGGCUGCUCCGCAGGAAGAUCCACAAGCGUAACCUGAAGCUGCGGCAGCGCAACCUGAGGCUGCGGGCGGCCGAGGGGGCAGUGCCUCCGCCAGGCGAGGCGGCAUGGCAGGGUCCCCCGGAGGAGGAGGAGGUGGAGGAGGAGGAGGCGGCGGCGCCUGAGGCAGAAGCGGCGGCGGCCGGAGCGGCCUCGGAGGGCGCGGAGGCUGCGGAUGCUGCCGGCCCCCGCGGCGGGGAGGAGAAGAGGAGGAAGAAGAAAAAGAGGAAAGCGGCGGCUAAUGCGAAAGAUGAUACGGAAACUAAAAAAGCAAAAACUGAAGAAGAUGAAUCUGUGGAGGUAGAAGAUGAAGAGAAGCAGGAUUCUGGAGAGAAAGAGGUGGAAGAGGAGGAGGAGGAGGAGGAGGAUGAUGAAGUGCCCAGUUUACCACUAGGUGUAACAGGUGCUUUUGAAGACAAUUCUUUUACUUCCCUGGCUGGUGUUGUCAGUGAGAAUACACUGAAAGGCGUAAAUGACAUGGGUUUUACACACAUGACCGAAAUUCAGCAUAAAAGCAUUAAGCCACUUCUGGAAGGCAGGGAUAUUUUAGCAGCUGCAAAAACAGGCAGUGGCAAAACACUUGCGUUUCUUAUUCCUGCAAUAGAGCUCAUCUACAAGCUAAAAUUCAUGCCUAGAAAUGGAACGGGUGUUAUUAUUCUUUCUCCUACUCGAGAACUUGCUAUGCAAACCUAUGGAGUUCUUAAAGAACUUAUGAAUCAUCAUGUUCACACCUAUGGCCUGAUAAUGGGGGGCAGUAACAGAUCAGCAGAAGCACAGAAACUUGGAAAUGGAAUCAACAUCAUUGUAGCAACACCAGGAAGACUGCUGGAUCAUAUGCAGAACACUCCAGGUUUCAUGUAUAAGAACUUGCAGUGUUUGGUAAUUGAUGAGGCGGAUCGUAUCUUGGAGGUUGGAUUUGAAGAAGAAAUGAAACAGAUCAUAAAGCUUCUACCAAAGCGCAGACAGACGAUGCUUUUUUCUGCUACACAAACCAGAAAGGUUGAAGAUCUGGCAAAGAUCUCCCUGAAGAAAGCGCCACUAUACGUUGGGGUUGAUGAUAACAAGGAGACAGCAACAGUAGAUGGUCUUGAACAGGGGUACGUCGUGUGUCCAUCUGAAAAAAGAUUCCUUUUGCUCUUCACAUUCCUCAAGAAGAACCGGAAGAAGAAACUAAUGGUAUUUUUUUCUUCAUGUAUGUCAGUGAAGUACCACUAUGAAUUACUCAACUAUAUUGAUCUGCCUGUUUUGGCCAUUCAUGGCAAGCAGAAACAAACCAAACGUACUACAACAUUUUUCCAGUUCUGUAAUGCAGAAUCUGGAAUACUGUUGUGCACUGAUGUAGCUGCCAGAGGACUGGAUAUUCCUGAAGUUGACUGGAUUGUCCAGUAUGACCCUCCAGAUGAUCCAAAAGAAUAUAUUCAUCGUGUUGGUAGAACUGCUAGAGGCAUAAAUGGUAGAGGACACGCUCUGCUCAUUUUACGACCAGAAGAACUGGGCUUUCUUCGUUACCUAAAACAAGCCAGGGUACCACUAAGUGAAUUUGAAUUUUCUUGGUCAAAAAUUUCAGACAUCCAGUCUCAGCUGGAAAAACUGAUUGAGAAGAACUACUUCCUUCACAAGUCAGCCCAGGAAGCAUACAAAGCUUACAUUAGAGCUUAUGACUCCCAUUCUCUGAAGCAGAUCUAUGAUGUCAAUAACUUGGAUCUUCCCAAAGUCAGCCUUUCAUUUGGUUUUAAAGUUCCUCCAUUUGUUGACCUCAAUGUGAACAGUAACCAUGGCAGAAGACUACAGAAAAGAGGUGGAGGUGGGGGAUUUGGUUACCAGAAAUCGAAGAACGUCCACAAAGCUAAAAUCUUCAAACACAUUAGCAAGAAAUCAGACAGUCGGCAGUUUUCUCGUUAAUCAUACAUUCAUUAAAAUGGCUUGUGGCAUUGGAAUAGACUACCUUGAUCAAAACCAUCUGGCAGUUACUUCCAAUUUAAACUGCUCUAUUCACACUUUUAGGGAUCUUUAUGGUUUUGUUUCUGGGAACAUCUUUUAUAUUUCAGUUCAGGAAGACUCUUUGCAAGGGAGACUAAAGAUAGAAAGGGAGAAUAUGGCCAGCUAAUUUUGCCAUACUUGUAAGGAAGAAGAUAGUUGAAUAUAAUUACCUUAAGUCAAUACUACAGAGUUUUUUAUUAAAGAAAGAAAAAAUACUUUUAGCUUUUAUAGAAAAAUUUGCUUUACAUUUACUUUUUCUGUGCAUACCUCUGAAAAUUGUUGGAGUAGACAACACAAGGACAGAUUACAGUGUGAGUUAAAAAAAAAUUUGCUCACAUGAAUCACUGGAAGGGUUUUUAGUGCUACAGAACUCUGCUUUGUCCAUCAAAUGUGCUGAAGAAUAUAGGAAGGUUCCUUUAGAACAGAACAUGCCUAUGAAUAAUUAAGGCUGUAUGAGCUUGUGAUUAAUUUCAGUCAUGGUAUCUGUAUAACAAGUACAAUGUCCAAGAUAAAAAAAAAAUUCUCUUAUACCUCAUCUGGGACAUGCUUAAUGCUGUUUCUUUUAAUGUUGUGAUAAAAUGGUAACAUUCUAGUGAAAUGUUUGGUUUUCCUUCAUGUUCUCUUUAAAUCUGAAUUUAUCCAUCUGCUAGUGUCUAGUGUACUCUCUUAUGAAUAUGCAAAGAAAAUUAAGAAAAGCAGAUUACAUAAAUUGAAGCACUUGACCCAGAUGAUGUGUUUUAAAAUGCUCCAUAACCUUCAUGCAGUGAGAAUUUUUGCAGCUGUAUCUCGUAAAGUACAAAAGUGAAUUUCUUUUUAGUCUUAGGUCAUCAGAUCAGUGAUGGGCAAAGUCAAAGAUACUACCACAGGAUUGAGGGGGUGGAGAGACUCAAUAAAUGAAGACGUGAAAUGGGGUAUAAAUAUACUAGAAGGAUAUUUUGAGGGAGAAAUAUAAAACACUGAAAUGGAAGAGGGCAGAAUACACAUUGCAAACAGAACAAAUAUGGAGACUUAAGUACAAUAAGAAUACACAAGUUGGGCAAAAGUAGAGUAACUAUACUACAUACAUUACUUUCAUAUCUCUGCCAUUGUAGAAGUAGGUAACUAUUCUUAUGAGGCUACAUUAGUGGUGGGCAAUAGUAUAUAAAAAAUGUACAUCCGUCAAUGCAGGGAAAGACUAAAAUGUCACAGAAUGCAGAAAUCUGGGCCCUGUGUGAUUACAAUAAAACAGCUUUUAAUUUACAUCUAAAAUGUAACCCAGGACCAAUUAUGAAUACAAAAGCAUAUGUAGUUAUUCCAAUAUAAAAUGGACUGUUGUUCCUUAGGUCUUUUGAAGUAGCAUGUCAGAUUUAAAACUAUAUGUGCAUCGAAGUAUUGCAGAAAAACAUUGGGGAACAUUCUUUUCACCCUUAGGGAAACCAGAUCAUUUUUGGGGAAAAUAGUAUGAUCAUUCUGUUGCUAGUGCUUCCACCAUAUAGAACUGAGAGUGUUGCCUUUUUUUUUUUCCUUUUUUGUGAAACAGCUGACUUUAAGCCCUAAUGGAUUUUUCAAGACUCUUAAUUAACAUUGGUCAGAUAUUAAGAACUUCGGAUAUGUCAAAAUAUUUAAGUAGAUUAGUUUUGUUACUAGGAUUUGAAUGUCUCAUGCUUCCAAGGUUGCAAUGAAAAAGCAAAAUCUGCUCUGAAGGGUAAGCAAUACUGAGUACAUGAUGCCUGGCUCAUUGAGUUCUAAUCUUUGAUUCUGGGUUUUCUAAUAUAUAUAUUUAUAAAUAAUAGAUGUCAAAUCAGUUCUCAUGUUUGUUUAUUAAUAGCACAUUUUAAGAACUAUCUCUGAGAUCUACAGCAUCAUACUGUUGAAGGGUUCUGUCUACACCUGCAAGCUGUGCAGUUACAGUAUGGGAAUUAACUUACCUUAUAGUGAAAUUAACUCUCAGGGACUCAUUAGAUGAACUGCAAAAUUAAUUACUUGGAAAGAGAUGUAAGCAAAGCUGCAGUAAACCACUGUAAAGAUCAGAGCAUGGUUACGUGGGCGCAAGCAGUGUGAAUGAAGUAGUGUGGAGUAUUCGUUUGGAACAGGAAAAAAGCUGAGCUGAUGGGCACAGUCAGCGACCGCCUGUCUGACCGUGUGCUGCAUAGCCAGAACUGGUUGGGCUGAACAGCGCCUCAGAAUUCCUGCCGCUUCUCUAUGUAGGCAAAAAUCUGCUUCACAGAGAACCGCUUUUUUCUGUCACUCCUUGUUGUUCCGGGAACAGAAGGCUGACUGCUUUCCCGGCAGCUAGACAACCUCCAGCUCCACCUAAUUUUUUCUUUGGAAGAGUUGAGGCACUGUCAAUUUCUAAAGUCUGAUAUGAGGACAACUGAAAAAUAGGGGUUUGGCAUGAGUCUGCACAACUCCUCCCUGGUAUAUUUGGUUUGCAUUUUCUUAUAUACACUAAUACAAAGAAAUCUUUUGAAAUAAUCUCAUCUAGCAGAUUAAAAGACUGGAUGGUAUUGCUCUAGAGUAGUACUAGCUUACUCUUAAACAAAAAAAAACAACAAACCCACUCAAACAUUAUAGAUGUAUAAUGGCUGCACAGUCUGUAGUAACUACAUAGUCUGCUAUUUCACACUGUAAUUUCCUGAUUAAGCAGAGGAGAAAUUCCUGAGCUGAGACCAAGUGGGAAUUGAAAGAGAAGGGCUUCAGCUUCCUGGCUUGUGCAGAUGCAGUUACCUUUUUCUUUAUGGAAUCAUAAAUAAAAAAUAGUUUCUGAUGAAA